AGAAUCAACUAUAGGAGAUUUUAUUCUUUCAGUAAUAAGGAAAUGUUAAAAGGAUUCUUUGAUUGCUUCUUACCCUUUCUUGCAGAUUGUUCACAGGACUCUUGCAGCGAUGUUAGGCUCUUUGGCAGCUUUAGCUGCAUUAGCUGCUAUUGGGGAGAGGCCAAGUAUGGUCAAAGUGGUAGAGUGGAUUGAUUAUGAGACACUGGCACUACUGUUUGGAAUGAUGGUUUUGGUGGCCAUAUUUUCAGAGACUGGAUUCUUUGAUUACUGUGCAGUAAAGGCUUAUCGAUUCUCUAGAGGCAAGGUGUGGGCCAUGAUUACGCUUCUGUGCCUUAUUGCUGCAAUUCUUUCUGCAUUUUUGGACAACGUUACCACAAUGUUGCUCUUUACUCCAGUAACCAUAAGGCUCUGUGAAGUACUGAAUCUUGAUCCAAGGCAUGUCCUGAUUGCAGAAGUAAUCUUCACAAAUAUUGGGGGGGCUGCUACAGCUGUUGGGGAUCCUCCAAAUGUGAUUAUUGUUUCCAAGCAGGAGCUGAGGAGGCAGGUGGGUACUGCAAGCUGCUUUUCUGCUAAAAUUAAGUUCUGA